AUGUCUGUAGCCGACCUCGGCGUCCCGCUCUAUGCCGUCGUCCGCACGACCGGCAACAUGGUGUUUGCUGCCGGAGGCGGCGGCGGGUCGGCGACGGGCGUGCCCAACACCAUUGCCGCCUGCUCGCUCUCAUCAUCCGGCCGCAUUUCGCUUGACUCGCUGACCUCGACACACCCGCAUGCUGUCAUGACCCUCGCUGCCGCACCGACAGCUGGCGUCCUCCUUGCCGCCGAGGAGGAGGCCAUCGGCGUCUACGACAUCGCCCACCUUCUGCCCAAGGGCACCCUGGCUGGCGCACCCGCAAGAGCCGCUGCUGCUCCCGCAGCAGCCGCACCCGCGGCCUCCUCGCCGUCGACAUCAAAGGCAUCGUCGGCGUCGGCGUCGACAUCAACAGAGCCUGCGACGGCUGCGUCGGGCGCAUCAGACGAGUCUGAUGCGCCCAAGAAUGCGUCCGAUGGUGACGACGCUGCACCCGGCACUGCCCUCGGCCUCACAAAGAUUGCCGAGUGGAAGGCUGACCUGAGCAAGGACGAGCCGCGAGUUCGCAAGGUUGUUGUUGCUGAUGCUGCCCGGCUGGUGGCCACAACCGGCUCCGAGGGCCGCAUCCGGGUGUGGAAGCUGGAGCACCCUGAGUACACGCGGGUCCACACCCUUACUGGCCACACCGGCGUUGUCCGUGACCUCGCCUUCAACAUGUACGCCUCGCGCAUCGCAUCAGUCUCGCAGCAGGACGGAACGCUCAAGAUCUGGAACGUCUCGAUGGGCUCGCUCAUCCGCUCGGUCGCGGUCGAAACCGUCGCCGCCGCCAUCGAAGGCGCCCUCGACUCGGGCCCCAUGUCCGCCGUCCGCUCGGCUGUUGGCGGCUCGCCCGGUCGCGCCAAGGCGGGCUCCAAAUCACGCCUCUCGUUCCGCACCGUCUUCUACAACCGCUCCUCAAACCGCCAGUGCCUCAUCCUCGGCCUCACCGGCAAGAUUGCCGGUGCCUCGGAGCCGUCGUCGCACGUCGCUGUCAUCGAUGCAGAGACCGGCGCCGUCGUCACCACCCUCAAGGUUGCCGAUGAGCCCAUGACCGCCAUGGCCUACGCCGACGAUGGCUCGCUGCUCGGCAUCGCCACCGGCGAGCGCGUCUACAUUGUCCAAGUCUCGGCCUCGCCUUCGGGCCUGCUGCGCCUCGCCCACUUUGUCUCGGUCACCCCACACCCGCUGCUUGUCACCUCGCUCGCCUUUUCGUCCAACAACUCUCACGUGCUCACGGUCUCUGUUGAUCGCACGCUCGUCGCCACACGCAUCACCGGCUCCUCCCGCUCGCUCUUCCUCGUCAUCGCCCUCUUCCUCGCCACCGCCGCUCUCUACUACUACUUUGUCCUCGCCUGA